GUGGAGGAACACUCAAUGUUACGUAUCCACAGAUCUAGAAUCAGAUUAUCAUACCCCAAUCCUAACCUUAACCAGAAGGAUAAGGAAAUAUCUGCUCCUGGACCAGUGGAUAGGGGCAACUGCCUAUUUCUCCUAACGUCACCAUUCUCCUGUCUUCUGUUGUCUCUCUCAGGUAGGACAGGCCAUACUGAGGUGGUGCGGGUGGUCUGGGAGCCAGAGAAGACAAGCUUCUCCAAACUGCUCAAGGUGUUCUGGGAGAGCCACAACCCAACUCAAGGUAAGGAAAUGCGUAGGGCAACGACUAGGAGCGACCCUAAUCGAUCAGCCAAUCUACACUACACACAGGAGCAGCUUGAACAGGCUCUGGCCUCCAAAGAUGACUAUCAGAAGGUCCUGAUAGAGGGGGGCUUUGGAGAAAUCACCACAGAGAUAGCCGAGAGCCAGGAGUUCUACUAUGCUGAGGACUACCACCAGCAGUACCUCAGCAAGAACCCCGGCGGAUACUGUGGCCUGAGCGGCACCGGAGUCUCCUGUCCAAUAGGACUCAAGAAAUAACCACAUCUGUCCAAUAGGGAAUGACCACCAACCUCUGAUUGUCUGAUUUUGACUAGGAAAUGUAAAUACGCAUUUCCGCUUGCUCAUUGCAAAAUAAGUCUAUUUUCUAUUAAUUUAAAUGGAAGUCACCUUAAUUAUGAUGCAGUACUGAAGCAUAUUCAGGGUUUAUAUAAAAACAGUCCGUAUCUGAGUAGUUUAAGUAAGUAGUUUGGUAAUCAAGCACUACAUACAUAAGACCUGUUUAAAUGAAUGCACAUUCAGGUUUUAGUGUACAUUGUUUUGUUUGAAUCAAAUCAACUACAGUAUGUACAUCUGAUUGAACUCUGUGGUGUGUGCUGGUGGAUUAAAUGAUGAAGCGGUGUGUUGAUAUGUA